AUGGAUGGAAAUAAAAAGUUUCGUUCACGUGCACUAAUUGUAAAAACCGCACUACGAUUCAUAACUAAAUCUCGCCGAAAGAGUUUAUUUACAUCGGAGACUUUCUCGUCCGAUGAUUUGUCCUCAACCUUAUCGCCAUUGAAUUCGCCGUGUUUAUCAAAAGAAUUUUAUUAUCAUCAGGAAAAAUAUCAAAAACGCAUUCCGGAUGCUCCGACUAAUGUUCGUCUAAUGGUUACCGGUUCAAAUAGUAUUACUGUGACUUACGAUGAACCACAUCGAUCCAACGGAGCGAUGGUUAUUAAAUAUAAAAUUGAAUGGUGUAUUGAUGAAAGCUUUGAGAACAAUCCGUCAUCGAGUGUUCAAAUUUAUAGCGAUACUGUUAAAAACUGUUUUCUUCGUGAAUAUGUCAUUCGAGAUUUACCGAUUGGACGUAAAUGUUAUGUUCGAGUGUCGGCGGGAAAUAUACGUGGAUUCGGUCCACCGACCAUCGCGAAUCCGCCUUAUUGUGUGCCAUCAAGUUGGCGUGAAUUUGCUAAAACAUCACGUCCAAGUAUAUGUGAUUUGCGAUUCGAAGAAAUUCUUAACAAAAUUCGACCUGAAAAGUUGAACAACGAGCGUGGAGCAACGGGAACAGCUUCUUCACCCUCUUAUUAUACCAAUAAUGGAAGUGUUGAUGGCAAUGAAUCACCUGAAAUGCCAGCGCCUGCGAACUCCACGCGAAAUCGCCGUCGGAGCUACGGUAAUCUUCGACGAAAUCUUCGACAAUUCUUUCAACUUUAUCCACGAUUAGCCAAAACAAUGAAGCGCGGCCUUUACUUAGUCUCGGUCAUAUUGAAUGGCGAACGAAUCUUGGUGACGAACGAAGACGUUCUACCUAUGGUCGAAGUUGAUGAAAACUACGGACAUAAUUUAUUAGCGGAUUUUCAAUGGUUUAUGAAACUAACUUUCGUCUGGGAUGAAUUGAGAAGUUUACGACCCGAUUUAGAGCGCUGCUCGAGCGCUACGACAUUUUAUCUACGAAUGAAACUUGUUCAAGCAGCAAUUGAACUUCAAACGUUAGAGGAAAUCAAUAAUCUCGGCCGUCUUCAUCAUACAUACAUUCGUGACAAUGAUGGUAAUGUCGCUUUUAUUUUAAUCAAUGAUUUAUCAUCCGAGACUCGAUCCAAUGUAUGUCCACCCAAUCUCAAAUGGGUUUCGAUGGCAAAAUUUUUCGAAACGAUCAAAGAAACAGAAACUUUAUCCAACAAUUCCUGCAUUCAACAAAUUACUGAUAAACUUCCGGACAUGAUCGAUUUUUAUCAUGCAUCGAUGCGUCGUCUCGACUCGGGCCUCUACGUUGCCUAUCUUAAGAUGCAAAAUAGCGUUGAUUGCGUUCGUGUCAUGGUCAACCGGUACAUGCCUGGUUCGUUGCCAUGCACAAAGAUCCGUUCAGUAGCAAAUGUUUCCAGGGAAGAAUGGGAAUGGUUACAUAAGAGCUCAUCAAAUGUUGAUAAUGAUGAACCGAUGUUAUCGACAUCAGAAAAUGAAUUGGAUGAAACGAGUCUCUCAAUUUUUAAGUCACAAUUUGAAGAGGCAGCAAAAGAUCUUUGUCUUAUGUUGAAUCUUCCCGAAACACAUUUUUCUAACAGUCGAAUCUACGAUGCACAAGUCGUGGAAAUUCGUGAUGAUCUGUCUUUAAUUAUUUUAAUGUCAACAGCAGACGAAGUUAAUAUUCUUUCUACACCGUCGACAUCAUCAAAACAACGACCUUCAAUUUCAGCUGAUUGUCUCACACCUUUCAUGUAUUUACCUGUAUAUAUUUUCGAAGUUUUACAACAUUUAAGUAAUAAUUACCGUUUCAUAUCACAAUAUAGUCGCGUAUCGAUAUGUUUGGAUUUCGAAUUAAUUUGCGCUCAACAAACUCAACGUGAAGCGUUUUCCACCAAUGAAUUAGAUGAAUCACGUUAUCGCCUUAAUCAUUUAUUAUCGUGUCAACAAGAUUUAGAUGAUAUAUGGCGUUCCUCUCGUUGGCUAGUCGAUGUUAUAAAUUGUGCUAAAGAUAAAUCCUAUUCUGGCAUCUCACUCAAAUCUUGGUUAACAUUUCAAAAGUCGACAAAUAUUCAAAUGAAAAUCACCGCUUCGGAUUCGUCAUCGUCAAACUAUGCAUCGGAUUCCGCUUUGGACGCUGUGAAAUUCAGUAGUUCAACAUUGACUUUGCCAACGACAAUGACUUCCACAUCCUUAUCAUCAUCCUUUUUGAAUGAUACAUCCUUAAUUAUCAAUUGUGACAGUGGUUUUAUUGAUCAUGAGACAACAAAUAAUGAUCGAUUUAUGACAAAUCGCACAUCGACGAUCUCAACGACGGAAUCCAAUGAUCCACUUGAACUAGCAUUUUACAUUCCAAUCUUAACAUCAAAUACCUUAAUACCAUUCAAAUUGCGCACGAAAAGGUUGACAACAGCGUACGAGCUGCUGCAAACCGUUAUCAAACAACAAUCCAUGUUAUUGAAAUCGCUUUCAACAUUAUCAUCAACACCAUCAUUUGUCUUUGUUUGGGUGCGUUCAAAUGGCCGUGAACAAAUUCUCGAAGAUGGACUAACAGCAGGAGAAAUCGAGAAACGUUUAAUACGCUUUGGCGGACAAAUUCAUGUUCGUUCACGCGGCCUAUCUUCAUCACGUUCAUCUCAACCAUUGAACAAAUUAUCUUCGUCUACACGUUUAUCGCCAACGCCCACAUCCGCAGCAUCGAAUCCCAAUGCUUCCAGCACCAGUUCCAUUGGACCAGGAUCCAAUUUAAGUUUAAAUAUUUAA